CAGAGCAGAGUGAGACACACAAAAAAAGUGCCGAAACAAGAGGGGGGAGCGGAGAGUUUGAGCGGGUCGGUGAGGAUUUCAGGAUUUCUGCUUCUCAUUCAGCCGGACAGUCCACUCCACGCCGCGUCUCUUCUCCUCCUGCGCGCCUCGGACAGACGCCGGCGGAGUAUAGGCGCAGGGUUGUUCUGAGGUCAGACUGCUGAAAUGACAAGGGUGUGACGGCGGACAUCCAAGAGUCUUUCUGCCGGGCCGAUCCGAGUGACAUGGCUGCCGCCAAGAAGAGGUGCGCAAAGGUGGGAGGCGUUCGCUUCCCCGAGGAGCUUCCCUCCGUCGGAGCCUCAUCCCACGUCCACUUUGACGAAAAGCUGCACGACUCUGUCGUCAUGGUGACCACGGAGGAUGACGGCAACUUCAUGGUCAAGGUCGGCUUCCUGAAGACGCAGCAUCGCUACGAGAUAGUGUUCACCCUGCCGGAGGUCCCGGCUCUGGGUAAAGACGUGUGUCCCGCUCCGUUGCCCAACCCGCACCUCAAAAUCACCAACAUCUCAGCGGCACCGGAAGGAGGCCUGAAGAUAACGUGUGAGUACUUGGCCCUGCAGGAGGGGGUUCUGUGCGAGGAGGUGCUGCUGCUGAGCGAGACCAACGAGGAUGUCUGCGUCAGGGUCAAAGUUCACGCCAGAGUCAUGGAUCGUCACCACGGCACCCCCAUGCUCCUGGAGGGGGUGCGCUGUAUCGGCACAGAGCUGGAGUACGACUCGGAGCAGAGCGACUGGCAGGGAUUCGACUGACCCCCCCCUCCAACGCUCCUUCGUCCCAGUUGCACCUGCAGAAACAACACGCCCACAAACACUCUCAUCUGCCAUGUCAAAGGUUUACACCCAGCGAAAUGCCCAGAACGAUCCGUCUUCUCACAUAGGAAACAAAGUAAAAGCUUCCUUUCUGAUUCGUGUUAGCAGGGCGCAGCAUUUUCAGCCUCCAGCGGUCGCCGUCCUGGCCUCGGUGUUUUAAGCUCGGGCCUUUAUCUGGGAAACAUUCCUCUGCUGCGACUGCCUCUGCAGCACCAUCAGAACCUUUAACCCGCCCGCUCUUGUUUUAAACAGUGUUUUCCUUACUGAGCCACUAGAUGGCAGCACUGCCCUGUGAAUCAGCCUCACGUCCUUCUCAGCGCUCUAGUUCGGGUUUGUAGUUUUUAGGUUUUGCAUAAGGGCUCGUACGUUAACUAUAAAAGGCUUGAUUCUGAAGGAAGGAACAACUCUGAACUAUUCAGGGAAACCAAGUUUAACAGUGAACUGAUCUUAAAAUGUAUGUUCGAUCAAGAGAGGACGCUGUAUACCACUGUACUGCUCCGGUCUGGGGACUUGUUUUCCUGUAUCUGCAGUCUUUUAUGGGAAACGCGUUUUACAUUCUCUGACAUUUCUGUUGUGCUAUCUUUGACUUUAAACCUGCCCCCAUCAUUACUACUUCAGAUUUUGUUUUUCAGUUGUUUGUUGCUUUUCCAUAGCUGCUGCUUAGGAGACCCUUAAAAAAUGGGUCAGGGUAUUUUAGGUAAGGUCAGGUGAGGAAUGCAUGUGCAGCAGCUGAAGGAAGAAAACGAAGCCUCAUUACAAUCUCUCCAGGUCGACGGCACAAAUCGGCAGCCAUAUUUCAGUUUUCUAAGACAUUUCUAUGACUUUAUUAUUAAGAGGUGUUUACUGUAACAACUAAGAGGUUCUGUUUUGUGUUACCGCACUUUUAGUUGCAUUCAAUAAUAAAUAAUCUACCAAGUUUUACAGUAAUAAAACAAACUGGUUAAAAUCAAAACAGCAAUGCACAGCGAAAACAGUGUUUUCAAUGUAUUAAAUAGAAUUAAAAUCGUCCAUGAAUUGAGUUGAACUGAAUCCACAGACAAGUUAUGAUGCCAAAUGUUCUGUGAAAAUGUAAGAUUCAUGUUUCUGUUUUGAUUGUUUGUUUUCUUUUUUUUGAAAAUUUUUGGUUUAACUCGAGUUGUUUUUUUUUUCUUAUGGCUUCCCUUGUUCAAGCCGUCUAUCAGUUAACUAAAUAACUAAUAACUCCUCAAUGGGAAUAAUCGGAUAUUCCAGUGUAAAACCUCUUCCAAGCACUUAAAGGGCAUAUAUCAUCAUUUUUAGUUUUUACUUCUCGUUGUGUUCAGGCUUGUAGGGCAUGAUACUUAUGUUGAUUUCCAGGUGCAAAAUUGAGAAUAAUGGGGGGAAAAUAAACAAAAUAAAUAAGAAGUUAUUCUGAGCGCACCAUCAGCCAUGCUACUCUAACCUUUUAAGUUCAUCUGCAGUUUUGCUCUAAGAUACUCCAGGCUAAUGCUAAACAUGUGGUGAAUGGAAUGGAAGGGAAGUUAAAACACUCAAAUGCUCUUGCCUUCAGUUCACCCAAACAGAGAAAAUUUGACGCUGUUAUAUAUAAUCAUCAGGAAAACUGAAACGUUUCCCCGCCCGACCACCUUGAUGGUCUAAUUGUUGACUUUUUGAGCUGCUGAUUGUAGCUGUGGCACGAUCUCUCGUGUCUGGGUUGUUCCUUCCUUUAGAUCCAGUUGUUUUACACAAAGGCUUUUCAACACAGGGACAGUUUUUAGUGGGUCUGGGGGGGGGGGGGGACCCGUCUCACCGACCCGUGUCUGCUUCCACGGAGCUCCCAUUUCCCGCGUCGAUGACCUUUGAAUGAUCUUUUUUCUGUCGCUACAAAUCCACCCGACAUAUUUUUGCUAAACGGGUCUUUUAUUUUGUUUUCAGGAAAACUAGCGAGUUUUUUUUUUGUCGACUGUGAGAAUCUUUCAGGUCGUGUUGUUCCAGAUGCUGUGUCAUGUCAUCAUCCAUAUAUGGGAGUGCCUUCCUGUUUUUGUGAGUCUGCUUUUCAGUCAAGAACGUGUGUUUUUAACUUUGCUCAUCCAUUAAAAAAACAAAAAAAAACAAAGAAAAAGUCUUUUUGUGUUUUGUGUGUGUUACUUUGAAAAGACUUGUAGGUUUUCAGGCGGUAAAAUGUGAUGAUAUAUGCCCUUUAAAUAAGACUGGGAGAUUUACAAAGCCUUUAGAAACAACUUGUGUGACACAUGUGCCUUUCAGUCCACCGUCCAGUCUUCCUUUGUUUUAUCACUCCUUGUUAGCUACCCUCUCUCACACUGUAUACACUAUACCCUCGACAUGAUGUGAACAUUGCACUGAUGAAUAAAGCAUGGUAGGAAUUUCAAAAUAAAGGAACAAUCUGUAUAUGUUUGCCUUCACGGUCCAGAACUCUGCCUGUAAACCCGUCAACCCUCCACCUGCAUGUCUUUGAUCCCUCACACCAUGAUCACACAUCUCCUUUUUAGCAAUUUCUACAUCUAACCUUUUUUUUUUUCUGUAUUUAGCCAGCCUUGAAACGAAACAAUCCAACUUCUCUUUAUCUUAACGCAAGCAUAGAUUUAAUGGAUGUUUUCUAAAGCGUAAUAGGUCAUGUUCUGUGUUGGCGUAAAAGAAAGGAGCUUGAUUGUGUAGUUUUUUUUCGUGAAUGUAGUGCUUUAAUGUGUGGAGACCUGCUCCCUUGUGGGUGACAUCUGUGUUGUUGUUUUUUAUCUCAAAAAGCAGAAUAAACAGGUGAGCUUGUUUGA